UAGAAGCAAAAAAAACACCCCACUACCACUAGUAGUGUAAAAAUUACUUAAAUAAAAAAGCCGAGUCAAUCCUCAAUCUCUCUCUCUCUCUCUCUUUUCGUGUUUUACCAAGCAUUCCGUCACUGAGUCGACACUUACGAAUCGGUCAACAUUUACCACAAAACACUCACACACUCGCCAGUGAAUCGCCCGAGUCAGCUCACUAUGACUCGGCGACGCGUCCGAUUCUCCGCCAUAACCAUCACCAUCUUCUUUUUCUCUCUCCUCACCUCCACCGUUGAUUCUACCUCCGUCAUCCUCGAUCAUCGUCGUUCACCUCUUCUACUCCCUCUCUCUCUCUCCAGAAAAAUUCCCGACGCUAAACUCCGGCGUCAUCUUCAAGCUAAACUCAUCCCUGUCAAUGCUCGCAUGAGUCUCUUCGACGAUCUCCUCUCGAACGGGUAUUAUACGACGAGGCUUUAUAUCGGAACUCCGCCGCAAGAAUUUGCCUUGAUUGUAGAUACAGGGAGUACAGUCACUUAUGUGCCUUGCUCUGAUUGUGAUCAGUGUGGAAAUCAUCAGGACCCAAAGUUCCAACCAGAUCUUUCAAGCACCUAUCAUCCGGUGAAAUGCAAUCCUGAUUGUACAUGUGAUGGUGACAAUGCUCAAUGUACUUAUGAGAGACAGUAUGCUGAAAUGAGUUCCAGCAGUGGCGUUCUUGGUGAAGAUAUUGUAUCUUUCGGGAACCAGAGUGAGCUUAAGCCCCAGCGUGCUGUCUUUGGCUGUGAAAAUGUGGAAACUGGGGACCUGUACAGUCAGCAUGCUGAUGGUAUAAUGGGCCUGGGUCGGGGUGAACUAAGCAUUGUUGAUCAACUUGUUGACAAAAGUGUAGUCGGUGAUUCAUUCUCACUUUGUUAUGGUGGGAUGGAUAUUGGUGGGGGUGCUAUGAUUCUUGGUUCAAUAUCACCUCCCUCCAACAUGGUCUUCACCCAUUCUGACCCCGAUCGCAGUCCAUAUUACAAUAUCGAGCUGAAGGAGUUACAUGUAGCUGGGAAAAGGCUGUCUAUAGAUUCGAAGGUUUUUGAUGGAAAACACGGGACUGUUCUGGAUAGUGGUACAACAUACGCCUAUUUACCAGAACCAGCAUUUGUGGCCUUUUUACAUGCUUUAAGUAACGAGCUUCAUGACCUUAAGCGAAUCCGUGGACCUGAUCCCAAUUAUAAUGAUGUUUGCUUUUCUGGUGCUGGAAGCAACAUUUCAGAACUUUCAAAAGCAUUCCCUGCAGUCGAUAUGGUUUUUGAACAUGGUCAAAAGUAUUCACUAUCUCCCGAAAACUAUUUAUUUAAGCAUUCAAAGGUGCCUGGUGCGUAUUGCCUUGGAGUUUUUCAGAAUGGAAAGGAUCCCACGACCCUUUUAGGAGGAAUAAUGGUCCGUAAUACUCUUGUGACCUAUGAUCGUGAACACUUGAAAGUUGGAUUUUGGAAGACGAAUUGCUCUGAGUUAUGGGAAAAACUGCGUGUGUCUGGCGCUUCGCCAGCACCAUCGCCUGGACCCAUGCAAUCAAGUGAGGAGGUUUCUGCUCCAGGAAUAUCACCAGCAUCAGCACCGAACGGAGUACCAAGUUAUGUUGUUCCAGGAGAAAUAAAAGUUGGAUUUAUUACAUUUGAUAUGUCUUUGACCAUCAAGGACUCGGAGUUGAAGCCUCGUGUAAAAGAGCUAUCUGGUUUCAUUGCUCAAGAGUUAGGAGUCAAUGUUUCACAGGUUCAUUUACUAAAUUUGACUUCAUCUGGAAACGGCUCCCUAAUAACAUGGGGAAUUUAUCCUGAAAGACCAGCUAAGUAUAUGGCAAAUACAACUGCAAUGCAUAUAAUUGCUCAUCUAGCGGAACAUAAUGUCCAACUUCCGGACACCUUUGGCAGUUAUAAGUUGGUCAAUUGGAAGGUCGAGCCACCUGUCAAAAGGAAUUGGUGGCAACAACAUUACUUACUAGUUGUUAUGGCAGUUAUUGUUUCAUUGAUGCUGGGACUCUCUGUUUAUGGGAUCUGGUUCGUGUGGAAAUGGAGGCAGCAAACAACAAUACAAUACAAACCUGUUGACAGUGAUACUGUUGUUCUUGAGCAAGAACUGCAGCCGUUGUGAAUGAAUAAUGACCUAUUCUCUUCUGUUUUUUUUUUGUCCCAAAUUUUUGCUUCUAGCAUUAUUUUUACGAACACGCUAAAAGAAAUUACACAGGUUUUUAUUUUAAAUGUCAAAUUUCAACUAGGAGAUUGCUUGAUUAACAAGAAAUGCCUAGAGAAUUAGACUAUUGCCACUCUAAAUUUUGUAGAUAAAAUUCUUAAUUUCUGAUAAAUAAUGUAAUCAAUAGUUGAGAAAAAUGUUUCUUGUGCUAA